AUGGCGCAUCCGUCGCACCGGCGGGGUACUGGUGGCCGUCACCGUGCCACUGUGAUGUGUGUCCUCUUUGCUGUCUUUUUUGUUCUCGGUGAUCUCUACUGUACCCUCGUACACGCGCAACAGCAAGUGCGUGGACUUGCAGAACUUGAGAGUGGUUCCCUUCCGCAAGCAGGCCAAAGCCUUAACAGCCGCUACAAUACCCGCGAAGCCGUGAACAAAGAAGGAAUCUUCGGCGAAAAAGGUUUACAGGCUCGCGCUGACCACGAGGUCAUGAACAUGGAAACUGUUGCUCACAGUGGUGCGACAUCCUUCAACUGGAAGGCGGAAGACAAUCCGCCUAUCGAGAGUGGCUCGUCGUCCUUUGCAGCUACGAGCGAAAGCAGCGCGGUUGAGGGGAGCUCCAGUUUCCAUUCGGGGUCUGGCUCGUCGUCCUUUGCAGCUACGAGCGAAAGCAGCGCGGUUGAGGGGAGCUCCAGUUUCCAUUCGGGGUCUGGCUCGUCGUCCUUUGCAGCUACGAGCGAAAGCAGCGCGGUUGAGGGGAGCUCCAGUUUCCAUUCCGGGUCUGGCUCGUCGUCCUUUGCAGCUACGAGCGAAAGCAGCGCGGUUGAGGGGAGCUCCAGUUUCCAUUCCGGGUCUGGCUCGUCGUCCUUUGCAGCUACGAGCGAAAGCAGCGCGGUUGAGGGGAGCUCCAGUUUCCAUUCCGGGUCUGGCUCGUCGUCCUUUGCAGCUACGAGCGAAAGCAGCGCGGUUGAGGGGAGCUCCAGUUUCCAUUCCGGGUCUGGCUCGUCGUCCUUUGCAGCUACGAGCGAAAGCAGCGCGGUUGAGGGGAGCUCCAGUUUCCAUUCCGGGUCUGGCUCGUCGUCCUUUGCAGCUACGAGCGAAAGCAGCGCGGUUGAGGGGAGCUCCAGUUUCCAUUCCGGGUCUGGCUCGUCGUCCUUUGCAGCUACGAGCGAAAGCAGCGCGGUUGAGGGGAGCUCCAGUUUCCAUUCCGGGUCUGGCUCGUCGUCCUUUGCAGGGAGCAGUCAUUCUUCCAGCACGUCUUCUUCCUCUGAGGCGAACAAAGAGAAGCAACCUGGAGAAGGGGUAGCUGAUAUGACUCUGACGAAUACUGUCACAACGGCAUCCUCGGAGACACCAACAGCGAAGCGUCCGGCGAAGGAUCAUGGUAUGGGCACCGCUUUGGUCUUAUUCUUCGUCAUUCUCUUUAUCGUGGCCCUCAUCAUGUAUGGUGGGCGGCGGUGCCGAAGUGCGUGCCCGUUCGUUGGCCAAAAUGGCGGCGGAAGUGGUAGCAGACCGUACUCGUUUUUUCAGCAGCAACGUCUACGCUAUUCCACGCUACGCAGCGACAACGGCGCCUACCUUGGCAUGGAGCCGAGCAGUGUGGCAGCCGGGGUCCCUGCCGGCGGCCGAAAACUGGGACGCUUUUUCCAGUCGCAGCGCGGCGGCGGUGACAACGAAGGCUACUCUGACAUCUCCGUCGAACUGAAAGAGAACCCCAAGACGGUACGAGGCGCCGGCGCACGCCGCAGCGGUGACGCCGCGGAUUCUUUCAGCCAUAUUGUGGACAACAACUCAGCAACAAAGAAUGAACUCUUUCAUUCUUCAGCUUCCUCGGCCGGGCCGGUAUCUGUACAGAUCCCGACGCAGUCCAAGACCUCGCUGAAGUCACUUCGGAAGGGCAAGCUGGGUCAGGUGUCGACUACUCCGGCGGCCUCUUUUUUCUCGGGCUCGACGACAGAAGCGUCGGGCCCAAACACGAGAAGUUCACUUUACCGCUCCACUGCAGACACACGUUCCGGUCACGCCGAUGCUGCUGCUAUGCCGCCGACCAGGACACAGCCACGUGUUGAGAACGAUUGGGAGUGGUAA